UGAAGAUGGACGUGCUGAGCGAUGCGCAGAUCGCAGCGCUGAACCUGGCCAAGGUCGGCAUCCGCAUUGAGAACGAAAAGUACAUCCGAGCACACCCUGAACUGGACGGAAUCAUUCGCGCCUUCGUCACGGGAGUUCUCAAGGAUCGACCGACGAAUGUCACUGCGUAUGCAUACCGCUUCUUCCAGCAAGACGUCGUCACGCUCACUGCUGCGAUCGACGCAACGUCUCACUCGGCCCCUGCCGAAUCCUCCAAGUCCUAGUCACAGCGACAUUCGUCCGAGCAGGACGUUUCCAACGUCGCCAACAAUGGUGUCGUCGAAAUGUAUCAACGAAGUCAUGGGACUGUUUCAACAACGUUCUCGACUUCUUCGCAAUC